UUUGUUUCUUUUUGCCAGACUAGUAAGUUUGAGACUACCAGAAGAUGUCUGGAAACGGACAGUACCUCGGACUAGACUUCAGCACCCAACAGAUUAAGGCCAUAGCAGUGGAUGACAGUCUGAAGGUAGUGACCGAGGCUGCUGUACAGUUUGACACCGACCUGCCUGAGUUCAGGACUCAAGGAGGGGCUCACCAACACGACGAUGGUCUGACUGUUACAGCUCCUACAGCCAUGUGGGUCAAGGCUUUAGACAUGCUCCUCUCCAGGAUGAAGGCUUCUGGUUUCAACUUCAGCCGAGUCAAGGCUUUGUCUGGAACAGGACAGCAACAUGGCAGUGUGUACUGGAAGACAGGAGCAGCCUCCACUCUGCAACAUCUGCAGCCAGAUAAAACACUGUACGAACAACUCAAGGACAGUUUUUCAGUGGAAGACUCCCCCAUAUGGAUGGACUCGAGCACCACGGCCCAGUGCAGGCAGCUAGAGCAGGCAGUGGGAGGGGCACAGAAACUUGCAGACAUCACUGGCUCCAGAGGUUAUGAGAGAUUUACAGCAAACCAGAUUGCAAAGAUCAGCCAGAACAACAGAGCUGCAUAUGACAACUGUGAGCGAAUCUCCCUAGUCAGCAGUUUUGCAGCCUCCCUGUUCCUGGGUAACUAUGCACCCAUCGACCAUAGCGACGGUUCUGGGAUGAAUUUGCUGGACAUCUGUGAGAGGAAGUGGUCACAACCGUGCCUUCAGGCAUGUGCUCCAGGGCUGGAGGAGAAGCUGGACCAGCCUGUUCCUUCAUUUGAAAACCUGGGUUCCAUUUCUGCCUACUAUGCAGACAGGUACGGAUUCUCCCCUGACUGUAAGGUCAUCACUUUCACUGGAGACAACUCAGGCUCGCUGGCAGGCAUGAGGCUACAGCAGGGGGACAUCGCAGUCAGCCUGGGAACAAGCGACACCCUGUUUCUAUGGUUACAGCAGCCCCGCCCCGCCCUGACUGGCCACAUCUUCUGUAACCCUGUGGACGGACAUGCCUACAUGGCGCUGCUCUGCUAUAAGAACGGCUCCCUGACGAGGGAAAAGAUCAGGGACAGCUCUGCUGAUGCAUCCUGGGAAAAGUUCAGCCAGGCGCUACAGAGCACGCCCAUGGGCAACAACGGCAAUGUCGGAAUAUACUUCGAUGUGCAAGAGAUCACUCCCUACGCUGUCGGUGUCCACAGGUUCAACUCUACAGACCAGAAGGUUGAGUCCUUCCCCCCAGCAGUGGAAGUAAGAGCUCUCGUGGAGGGACAGUUUUUAGCCAAGAGGGCGCAUGCUGAGAUGCUGGGAUACAGUGUCGGCUGCAAUACCAGGGUGCUGGCCACAGGGGGCGCUUCUUCCAACACCUCCAUCCUUCAGGUGUUGUCUGACGUCUUUAACGCACCUGUGUACAUCUUAGACACGGCCAACUCUGCCUGCCUGGGGUGUGCCUACAGAGCUAAGCACGGUUGGUUGGGAAGCAGCAAGGUGCAGUUCCAGCAGGUAGUACAGGGGGCGCCGGAGUACAAACUUGCCGUCACCCCCAGCCCAAAUGCCAAACAGGUCUAUGAUCCACUAGUUGGAAGGUACAAGAGGCUGGAAGACCAGAUUGCUGGACAAUGAACAUCAUCAGAUCACGUGCUCAUGUUCUGAUGACAUCAUUUGCUGACAGAUCACAUGCUCAUGUUCCGAUGAUGUCACUUUGCUGACAGAUCACGUGCUCAUGUUAUGAUGACAGCACUUUUUCUGUGUAAUAUGAUCAUGAUUUUUUUAUACGAAAGUUUCCAAAAUCUAACCAUUUUAAGAAAUGAUAGCUUGCAAUUUCAUCUGUGUUGUUAGAAAUCAUUCUAAAGCAAAGUUGAACUGCUUCCAUAGUCCAAUCACAAAAUUGGACCAAAUUUUCAACUGUUCGAUUGUUUGUUAGUUUUUGUAAAGGAAUGAGCAAUCCACCACUUCUGUGAUGACACAUUAUGAAGUUAGUGACUUGGUGAGCAGAAAGUUUGAUAUGUUCCUGAUGGAAAAAUGAUGUUAUGAAUUAAGGUAGCUAGUCUGAAUUAGCUACAAUAAGUGUGAAAGGUACUAAUUGCCGUAAAGGCAGGACCAAGUAGAUUCAUUAAUGGAAUCUUUUAAUUAAUCUCAAUGCUGAUAUGUCCCACGUGCAAUGAAAUGUGUAAUAUUGAUAUGGAGCCAUCAUACAUAGUGCAAAUAAAUGUAGCAUUUAAGUUUCUUUUGAUCCAUAGAAAUAUGGGAAAACUGGAAGAAAAGGGGGAGAAAAUUAUUGUAAAAAUAUUCAAUAUGUAAUACAUUAUAUGGCAUGCAGUCACUGAUACAUGUGAAUAAGUAUAAACAUUAAAUUUGAUGUUAAAGCUUUUGCUACCUUUUUAAAAUCUUGUUUACAAGGUUUAUGAUCUCAAAAUUUGAAAAUGAAA